UGAAACAAACUGGACCCGUUUUUUUUUUUUUUUUUCUUUUUUUUUUUCUGCAGCUGAAGGUAGAAACUGAGAGACAGCGAGAGGCAAGAGAGUUGCUUGCUGGAUAGGUACUGGGGUAAAGAGGACUAUGACAGUCAUACCUAGACCUGCUCACUGUUCCUGGCAUUUAGUAUGGUGGAACUCAUCUUGUGUUAGGCUUUAGUUUGGUGUAGUUUUCCUGGGAUUGACUGCUGCAGGACAUUGCUUGCAGUGACACUGACCCAUACAUCCCCUACUCCACUUGCAGGUUCUAUUUCCCCUGGAGUUGGACUCUAACCUUGGCUUUUGACCCCUGGAACAGCAAAGGUUUUUGAUUUGGCAGGGGAGUAGACCUGCUGAGACCCAGUCUGGACUGAACAACCAGUGUUUAUCCACAGCCGCCGGACAAUAGGACCUUUUCUUUUAUAAGGAAACUACACCUGAGACUAACACUGAAUAUCUUGAGGAUUGCCCUGGAGGAGUACAUUUAAGGAACAUCUGUGGCUUCUCUUGCCCCAGGACCAUGGGCACUCUCUGGGGCACAAUUUUGCUGCUGUGUGGGGUGGUUCUGCUUAGGACGGAGGGCUAUGGAGCCCAACAAAUCAAGAACAAUGUCCCCCGCCUAAAGCUCUCCUAUAAAGAUAUGUUGGAGUCUAAUAACCUGGUGACAUUUGAAGGCCUGGCCAACAGCUCAUCUUACCACACCUUCCUGCUGGAUGAGGAGAAAGGCAGACUCAUGGUGGGAGCCAAGGACCACAUCUUCUCCUUCAACCUCCUCAAUAUCAGCAAAGACUACGCACAGAUCACUUGGCCAGCCUCUCCCUCCAGAAGAGAUGAAUGCAAGUGGGCAGGGAAGGAUCUGUCGAGGGAGUGCUCAAACUUCAUCAAGGUGUUGCAGCCGUUCAACCAGACCCAUCUGUAUGUGUGCGGCACAGGCGCAUUUCACCCUGUGUGUGCCUACCUGGAGGUGGGCAGGAGACCAGAGGACAGUGUGUUCAGACUGGAGCCUCACAUAGAAAACGGCCGGGGAAAGAGUCCCUACGAUCCCAAGCUGCUCACCGCAUCCUUGCUCAUUGACAAUGAACUCUACUCUGGUACAUCAGCUGAUUUUAUGGGGCGGGACUUUGCCAUUUUCCGCACUCUUGGCAAGCAUCACCCAAUCAGAACAGAGCAGCAUGACUCCCGCUGGCUAAAUGAUCCCAGGUUUGUGAGCGUCCAUCUGAUCCCUGAGAGUGACAACCCAGAAGAUGACAAGAUCUACCUGUUCUUCAGAGAGAACGCCAUGGAUGGGGAGCAUGCAGGGAAGGCUACUCAUGCCCGGAUUGGGCAGCUCUGCAAAAAUGACCUUGGAGGCCACAGGAGUUUGGUGAACAAGUGGACCACCUUCCUGAAGGCUCGGCUUGUUUGCUCUGUCCCUGGCCUUAAUGGAAUAGACACACACUUUGACGAGCUACAGGAUGUUUUUCUAAUGAGCACGAAGGAUCCGAAGAACCCGAUCAUAUAUGCAGUAUUUACCACUUCCAGCAACAUCUUCAAAGGCUCAGCUGUAUGUCUGUACAACAUGGCAGACAUCAGGAGGGUGUUCCUGGGCCCUUACGCUCAUAGAGAUGGACCCAACUAUCAAUGGGUGCCCUUCCAGGGACGUGUGCCCUACCCACGGCCUGGCACUUGCCCUAGCAAGACGUUUGGAGGAUUUGGUACAACCAAGGACCUUCCCGAUGAGGUCAUAACCUUUGCCAGAAGUCAUCCAGCCAUGUUUAACCCUGUGUACCCCAUCAACCACCGACCCAUCAUAGUCAAAACAGACGUGGACUAUCAGUUCACACAGAUAGUGGUGGACAAAGUAGAAGCAGAAGACGGCCAGUAUGACGUCAUGUUUAUAGGCACAGACAUGGGAACGGUACUGAAGGUGGUGUCCAUCCCCAGAGGCUCCUGGCACGACCUGGAGGAAGUCCUGCUGGAGGAGAUGACAGUCUUCAGGGAGCCAACAGCUAUAACAGCAAUGGAACUGUCUACAAAACAGCAACAACUGUACUUGGGUUCAGCCAUUGGUGUCUCCCAGAUGCCUUUACAUCGCUGUGAGGUAUAUGGGAAGGCUUGUGCUGAAUGUUGCCUGGCCAGGGACCCUUACUGUGCAUGGGAUGGCACUGAGUGCUCCAGAUACUUCCCCAUGGCAAAGAGGAGAACGAGGAGACAAGAUAUCAGGAAUGGAGAUCCACUCACACAAUGCUCAGAUCUGCAACAUCACGAUGAAUUAAGCGGGCAGGCCACUCUGCUGGAUAAGAUUGUGUACGGCGUGGAGAACAGCAGUACUUUCCUGGAGUGCAGUCCCAAGUCCCAGAGAGCCCUGACCUAUUGGCAGUAUCAACGGUCCACAGAUGAUCGCAAACAAGAGAUCAGUGCGGAGGAGCGGUUCAUCCGCACAGACCAGGGCCUGCUGAUUCGCACACUUAGCAAGAAGGAUUCUGGGAUAUAUCUGUGCCAAGCAGUGGAGCACGGCUUCAUGCAGACACUUCUGAAGGUCACCUUAGAGGUCAUUGACACUGAGCGCCUGGAGGACCUGCUGCACCGUGAUGAAGAGACCGCUGCCAACUCCCCAGUCCAAGAUCUUUCCUCACCUCGGGAAACGCCCAAUCACAAGUUGUGGUACAGAGACUUCCUGUCUUUGGUCAAUCACCCAACCUUGAGCAGUGUGGACGAGUUCUGCGAGCAGGUCUGGAAGAGGGAGAGGAAGCACAGGAGGCAGAAAGCUCACUUGGUACAGCAAGUACAAAUACACCAGCAGCAACAGCAACCGCAGAAGGCUUUUGCUAACCCUCACGGCCAUGUGCAUGCCCAUGGGUUGGCGGCCAAGUGGAAACACCUGCAGGAGAGACAGAAGGGACGCAACCGCAGGACCCAUGAACUGGAGAGGGCCCCCCGUAGUGUCUGACCUAUGAACUUUGACCUCUAACACCCAACCCUAAACCCACACCCAGUCCUCAUUCUGUAACCCUGCUUAACUCACCCACCUUUUCUCCUCCAUACUGAGAUACAGACUUCUUCCACAGUGACUGGAUAGGAAAUGUUUAACUGGAAAAAAGGCAAUACUUCCCUGAUCUGCCGGCUGCUGUGCUAUGUGCGUGGGCAGCCAUGUUUACAGUAUGCCGGAACAGAGGACUGCAGGAGACAGGAUGUCCAAUCACACAAGACAAUUGGAGCAUAUUAUCUCAGCUGGCCUCUGUGGUACUGCAGAGGGACAGUGACAAACAGAAAGAGGACUGGAUAUAUAUAUACCCACCUUUCACACAUGACUGACUCCAUGUUGACAUGGCCAUGUCAAUGGCACUGUCUCUUCAUGGCAUGCAAGUUUGGUGUGUUUGCCAUCGUACAACAUGAAUCUCUCUACCCUGAUACUCAAAUCUGAAAUGGGAUGGGGGUGGUUUUGUAUUAAUAGUCAGAAGAAUAAAUGAACUGGCAGUGGUAUUACAAGCACAAAAAUAAGUCUGCUCAUUUUGUGGAAAGCACAAGGAUGGGAUGUCUGGUAGAUUAUAGAGGGUUAAAUCAGUCAUGAAAGAGAAAAAUGCCCAAGCACUGCAAGAAACUCAACCGGGAGCGAUAGUCACCAUAACUUGCCGACAAGUAAUUCUAAAUUAUGUAGCUAAACUGUGUAAAUACUGUAUUCUAUGACAUGUCCUCAUACUAAAGGGAAUGGCUUGCGGUUUUCUUGUUACAUUAUGUUGUCUCCCCAGAAAGAAACCUAUUUAAGAAAGUCUUUUGAAUGCAGUUGUAAACACAUAGAUUUUGUAAGUCUUUGCAUCUCCGCCCUAGAUAAGCUCCUAAAAGGAAGAAAGGUUGUAAUAUUGUUUUGUUUCUCUUUUUCUGUUAUCAAGUUAUUUUAAGUGUCAGCAGUCAUCAACUUAAAUGUCACUGGUCAAGAGUGUCUACCUACUGCAUCAUACCAGUGCAACUUUACAUGUCAUGAUGAACUCUUUUAUGUUGAUUUAAUUAUGCAAUGUAUACACUUUGUUUCCACAACAUGUAUAUUUAUUGAUAUACAAUAAUGUACAUUGUGAAAAUAUUAGAUAUGCAGUCUAUUUUCUCACUAUUACCUAUUUUUCAUUCAUUUCAUUUGAUUUGAGUCAUUGAAUAUUCAGGACCAACCUCUUAAAAUAAUUGUAUUAUCACAAAUACUGUAGUGAUACUGGAAAUGUCUAUGAGAUAUUUAUCAAUACUGGUCAAUAUUGCAACAGAUAUCACAUAACAAACCCACUGAGCAAUAACCCAGUGUCCAUGCUGUAUUUUUCUUCCACAUUUGUUGCCUCUUAUUCAUACUCUCCACAGGCAGUGCAAGUUCAUUUCACUGCAUAAAACAUAAGAAAAUAAUAAUAAUCUCAUGUGUUUGACAUGAUAAUGAACAAUUUGCAUUUGCAAACACAUACACAAAUGCACAGACAUACACACAUGUGCACAGACAUACACACACACACACACACACACACACAAACACAAAAAACCUGGAAUGUAGCUGUGAACAUUAUGUAAAUAGAAAUACUAUGGUCUAGGUAUGACAAGUAUGACACUGUGUACUAGUGCAUGUGAAUGCUAUUGUAGUGUACCUGUUUUGCUAUAACAGUGAUAUACUAGUCUGAUAUUGUCCACAAUAAUUCUGUUGUUAGCUUAUGCAGCACACUAUAUUAUAGAUGUAAAUACUAUUUCUGUUAGGAUUCUAAAUUUCAGUUUCAAUUUCUGAGGUAGGUACUCAGAAAACUUGCAUUUGCUUUCAGCUCUUCAGAUAUUCUUCUGAACAGGACCUCACUCUGGAUUCAGAUGGCCACUAGCUAGCUAAUGACAAUAAACAAUGUUUGAUGGAACAGUGUAAUUAAACAUGACAAUGCAACACAUCAGUAUGACAUCAGAUGGCCUUGUCCAGGAGUGUUUGCAAGAUCCAUCUGCCCUCUGUCUGAGGAGAGGAAGCCCUGGGGGGGUGAGCGGAGAAACAGCUGGAGCUGACCUUGAGAGAACAAACUUCGGAUAACAAGACAAGUUGGACACCAGAGCUGUGGAACUUUCAGUAGAGACGGGCAUAUGAUCAGAUCAUUAUUAUAAAGACAAUAUAUAGGGUGCCUCAAUGCAUCUGACUGUAUGGUGUAAGUGAGGGAUUAAAGUGCUGCUGCGCUGCUGCUGCUGCUGCUGCUGCUGUAAGGACUCUUUGGCAUGAUGAUGAUGGUGAUGUAUUCUACUGGUCUAAUAAAUGUGUCCUCUUAAA